AAUUUUAAAGUGUGUUUUAGUAGUUCACCCAAACGUACCACAAUUGUUCAUUUUAUUUAUUCUUUCAAUUGGAUUCACAUAUUAUGAUAACUUAUCAGUCAAUUAAAAAUGUAUAUAAAAGCAAUUACUUGUGGUUCAAAUAUUAUAAAAAUAUUAAUUUAUUUAUUAAUUAACAAAAAUGUGUUCAUUAGUGCCGAGAGUUUUGGGACUAAGUUUAGUGCGAAAUCCCAAGUGUUUGACACAUAAUGUAUGGAAACGAUUGAAUAGCAAUGAGACGACCGGCGGCUAUAACUUUGAGUUGACUUCAGAGCAGAAAUCACUGCAAGAAUUGGCCCAAAAGUUCGCCAAAGAGGAGAUCAUCCCUCGGGCCCCACAUUACGACCAAACGGGUGACUUUCCCUGGGAUCUCGUCAAACAAGCCCACGAGUUGGGCCUUAGGAAUGCCGGUGUGCCCACCAAAUAUGGGGGACUGGGUCUCCGCCUAUUUGACUCAUGCCUUUUAGGCGAGGCUUUGAGCUACGGGUGCAGUGGUAUCGGGACAGCGAUCGGGUCCAACGCCUUACCCCAGGCGCCGGUCAUACUGUUUGGAAACGAGGAGCAGAAACGGGAAUACUUGGGACGUAUGACGGGAGCGGACGUGUUGUGUGCGGCCUAUUGCGUGACAGAGCCGGGCGCCGGCAGUGAUGUGGCGGGAGUUAAGACACACGCCGUCCGUAAUAAAGACGGCGAUUAUGUGCUCAACGGCCAGAAGAUGUGGAUCACGAGCGCGGGGGUCGCCAACUGGUACUUCGUGUUGGCGCGCACUGACCCCAACCCCAACGCCCCCAAGAGAAAAGCCUUCACGGGUUUCAUUGUUGAGGCCAACAGUGUGGGUGUUGUCGUCGGACGCAAAGAGGAUAUGUUGGGUCAGAGGGCGUCCGACACCCGGGGCGUCACCUUUGAGAACGUGGUCGUCCCUAAGAGCAAUGUGUUGGCCGCAGAGGGUAUGGGUUUCCGUAUAGCUAUGGGUGCGUUUGAUUUGACGAGAGCGCCGGUCGGUUGUAAGGCCGUGGGUUUGGCUCAGAGAGCGUACGACGAGUCCGUCAAAUGGUGUUUCGAGAGACACACCUUUGGAGUGCCUAUCCGUGAGCACCAGGCCAUCCAAUUCAUGUUAGCGGACAUGGCUAUAGGCGUAGAGACAGCGCGUAUGGCAGUGCGGAGGGCCUGUUGGGCCUACGACACCGGCAGGAGGAACACCUACUGGGCCUCCAUAGCCAAGUGUUGGGCCGGGGAUGUAGCCAAUAGGGUGGCCGCGGAUGCCGUGCAGAUCUUCGGCGGCGCCGGUUUUAGUAGGGAAUACCCGGUGGAGAAGCUGUUGAGGGACGCAAAGGUAUACCAGAUCUAUGAGGGAACGGCACAAAUACAACGGAUUAUCAUCGCACGGGAACUCCUUUCAGAAGCUAAAAAGUUUUUGUAAACUGUUUGUGAGAUAAUUAUGUGAUAAAUGUUACUGUCAUUUAUGAUAU